GGACGGCUGUCUGGGCUCCGGGAGGCGGUGAGAUGUGAGGGGACUCCGGGGCAGGUAGAUGCGGAGACUGCACUCACUUGCCGAGAUCCCAGGAGCUGGAGAGAUGAACAACGUGAGCAGCAAUGAGACCGAGCCGGGCUCCCAGUCCCCGGGACGUGAUUUGCCGGCUCUGAUCCUCGGCACUUUGCUCAUCCUCCUGAUCACCGCCGGGAACUUACUGGUUUGUCUCAGCGUCUGGACCGAGAAGCCGCUCAGGACAACCACCAACUUCUUCAUCGUCAGCCUGGCCGUGUCUGACCUGCUGCUGGCUGUGCUCGUCCUCCCGCUCUAUGUCUACUCACAGUUUCAGGGUGGAGUCUGGACACUUGGCUCAGGUCUUUGUGAUUAUCUAAUGACUGUGGAUGUGAUGCUGUGUACAGCUUCAAUUUUCAAUCUGUGUUCGAUCAGUGUGGAUAGGUUUAUUGCUGUGUUGAUCCCACUGAAUUACAACAGGAAACAUGUCGAUCUCCGGCAGAUAGUCUUGAUCUCCAUGACCUGGAUCCUGGCGUUUGCUGUUGCCUCACCGAUUGUCUUUGGACUGAACAAUGUUCCUGACAGAGAUCAGGCCGUGUGUCAAUUGGAGGAUAACAAUUAUAUCAUUUAUUCUUCGGUCUGCUCCUUCUUCCUCCCCUGCCCAAUUAUGCUGCUUUUGUACUGUGGUAUGUUCCGAGGCCUCAGACGAUGGGAGGAAGCACGGAAACGCAAGCUGAGGCAUAAUUUGCAUGGUUUCAGGAAAAUUAAUGGAGACCCCUCGGAGCCGCAGAGUCCUCCCCCACUAAUAGACCGAAGUCCAACGCAUGUCAAACGUGAAGAACUGCAUCUCUUUCAAAAGUCAGACUGUGAUUUAUCAAGACAGUUCGUGGACAGGUCCAUUCAGACUGUAACUUUUUCAGAAGUGAAGUACGUUCGCUCACGCCCCGUGAACAGGAGGAAGCGUGCAAAGAUUAAUGGAAGGGAACGCAAAGCAAUGAAAGUGUUGCCCAUUGUUGUAGGUGCUUUUCUGUUUUGUUGGACUCCGUUUUUUGUGGUCCAUAUAACAAGAGCAACUUGUGAAACCUGCCACAUUUCACCUCAUCUCCUCAACACUGUAACAUGGCUCGGAUAUGUCAACAGUGCUGUUAAUCCAAUCAUUUAUACCAUCUUCAACAUGGAAUUCAGGAACUUCUUCAGAAAGGUGCUGCACCCCUGCUGCUGACAUGAAACUCUAUUGUAGAAGUGAUACAUACAUAAUAAUGUUAGUUCCUUGUUUUAUAUAGAUGAUUAAAUGCAUUUCCUGCUGUGACAUUCUAUUUUCUCCUAACCAUAACUUUCAGGAAUCUCCACAUUUGGAGAUUAACGGAGGGAAAAUGAAUCAGUCCCGACAGGUCAAUGAAUCACCAUGACCAACAGCUGCAUGCAAUCCAUGCAGGAAACUGAGUGGAAUUGGAAGUUCUGUUCAAAAUGUGCUAAUUUGCAAAAACUUGUAUCUAUGUAGCAACUUUUAUAAUCUCAGGAUGCCCUAAAGCCCUUCAUAAUGAAAUGCUUUUGAAGCGUCUUCACCGUUCAGGUGUAGGACAUGUGGCAAUUUGUUUGCACACAGCAAGCUCCUACAAACAGCAAUGUUAUAAUCACCAGAUAAUCUGUUUUAAAGCCUGUAAUUGUGGAAGAAAUAUUGACUCUUCAACGGUAGUCAUGGAGUCUUUUGGUUCCAACUGAAAGCACUGACAGGAACUCAGUUUGUUGUCUCACCUGGAAGACAACACCACUGACAGUGCAGUAUUCCUCUGUCCUGCCAUGUCUGAAAUGCAACCCUCUCUCAGCACUGUCUCCAACUGUGUAGCACUCCCUCAGUACUACUCCACAAGUUUCUGCCUGCGUUUGGGAUCCAAGUCUUUGGACCGACUCAAUUCCACAACCUUCUGACUGAGAGGUAAGAAGUCUGCUCAUUAAAGUUACAGCUCACCCAAAAGGUCUGAUGGUUUUCAUGGCAUUGAACAGCAAGAUGUAACAGGUCCUCGUAAUACUCACCCAAUGAAAUCAAAGUGUUGCAGGCAGAUUUUCCAUUCCCUUUGGAGCUUAACAGAUGAUGCAAAAAAUUUUUCACGUAAUUACUUCGCCACUGCAUUACUGGUUGAUCAUACUUACUGUAGUUGACACAUGCGACCUUCCCUCAUGACAGUGUGAUAUGUCUAAUGGGCCCUGACAAGUGUUGAUGACAUGGAUGGUCACAUUAAUGUUGAAAUGUCGGUGUUCAAUUUUGUUUUGUUGACCAUUUGUAAAAUAAUUCAUUUUGUAAAUUUAAAUAAACACUUCAUGUAAAAUACAGUGAAAGGCAUGAAACAGCUAUUUCGAUUGGUUUCAAAUUUGACCUUUUAAUUUUUACACUGGCUCUAGCUUUCUUGAUGACUAUCAAGAAUCUGUGAUCACUCACAGCUCUAAAGCAGUCUGUCUCAUUUGUCCGGAGCUGCCACCACAUUGCAAAUUAAGUCAUUUUCUGUCACUAUAAUGAAGGUUGAAGAUUGUGUUGCUGCACAGGUAGGCAAGGAAGGUUAGAUAUGUAGUAGGUCAGGCCCGGUGAGGUCAUUGAACUUUUAGCUGGCAGUACUGUGCACUACAGGACUAAACCAGUUGAACUUUAAUUCAGGUACCACAAAUUACAUUUAUUGGUGCUUUGAGUAGCACACACAUGCAAGCAUCUAUAUGUUUAGCCUUCAAUCUCCAAGAAGGAAUAGCAGUCCAAAUCAGUGAAGUUCUACAUUGCCGGGUGCC